ACCAUUGUUGUAUAUUGUAAGGUUUGUUUGUAAAAACUACUUAAAAGUCCUAAUAUAACUAAGGGCUAGUCCUGGAUUAAUCUAAACCCUGUCCGGGAAACUACCCCAUAUGCCAGCAAUAUGAGAUGGUUGAGCAAAUCCUUAUGUCUUGUUGGAAAUGUAUUCAGGAAAGGCAUGAAAUAAUGACUUUGUUGCAGAAUAUAGGAUAAAUGUGCAGAGAAGAAGGGACAAGGCAGUAAGGAUUCAUUUUAAACUGGACUGGAUUGGCAGUGUAAGGCAAAGUUAUAACAGAAGGUGGCAGUAAUGCAACAAAUUGGAUGCCAGCUACCGUAACACCCCAAAGAAGAAGAAGACCAUUUUGAUCUGACUUGAUUUUGGAAAACAUCAACAUGGUAAAAUGCUGCAUUAAAAACUGCCGCAGCAGGUCACACUAUUAUUCAGGAAAUAAAAUAAAAAAUGGGAUACGUUUCUUCAUUUUCCCAAAGUGUAAACGGCACGAAGGACCGCAUGUUGAAGAUGUAACGAGAAGACGUCGCAUGGCGUGGAUAUCGGCAGUAGGACGAAAAGACAUCACUUACAACAACAGCCCUGUGUCAAGGAGAGUGUGCUCUUUGCACUUUCAUUCAGGACAACCAGCAUAUGAAAUGCUUGAAACCCAUCCUGACUGGGCACCAUCUUUGCUUUUGAAUCACAGUGAAGUAAAUGAAAAUGAAAAAGAUAGUUUUAGCAGUCGAUUAAAGAGAAAUAAAAGGUCUGGGGUCACGAGAAAACAGAAGAUUGAGGACAACAUUAAACGUGAAGAAGCAGAUGAGAUGGUACAAGAAGACAAAGUGAUAUACAAUGAAGUAACUGAGACGGUGAUGCGACAGGAAGUGGAGGAGAAGAAAUGGACACGAGUGGACGUGGGGGAGAAGGAAUCGCCACGACAGGAUGAGAAAGAUGACAUUGCACACCAUCCUGAUGAACAUAGUGCAAAGGAUUGUGGGCUUUGCCAGUGCAGAUAUAAUGAAAAUAUAGCUGCAAGCAGCGAUUACCGGGGUUCAAGCCAUUUGGGUUACAAGACGUUUAGGCACAUCCUUACACACUCAUUUGGCAUGUAGUUUGUUUUAUAAAAAAAAUCUUACUGUUAAUGUCAUGUAAGUGCCUCCAAAAUUAUGUUCACGUUUCACAGAUAUUAUCAAGUGACAUGAGUGUUAAAACUGAUAAGUCAGAAAAUUUGAAGUGGUAAUGCUUCAAAAAAUGUGAAGCUUUAUGUUAUUUGUUAUUUAGUAAGAUAUGCUUGGUCAGGUGUGUUUUUAAGAUGACUGUGUAAUAGCUAUACUACUGCAAAGGUUGCUUUGUAUUUGAUACAUAUUUUGUUAAACAGGGUCCAGAAAGUUGUAGUGCACUGGCUUUACAGUUGUUGAGUGUAAGAGCUAUGACAAUUUAAUAAAACAUAACUAAAUCACUGUAAAAAACUUCUGUAGAAAUUGCAGCUGGGUUGCCGGUAAUUUACUGUAGAUUUAAAUUUAUGUUUGUUACUGGCAACGUUUUGUUCAAAGUUAAAUGAAAAUUAAACAUUUACAAGUCUUUGUCUUUACAGAGUAAAACUAAGAGCAGCAUCAAGCAAAACAUCCUGGGAAACAAUAUCUGAAGCAAAAAAACAGAAAAAAGGUUGAUGAUGAUUUCUGGUUGUCAGAAUGCUUUGCAUGAGGCUGUUAUUAUAUAGUUUUAUUAUGUAAAGAUAAAGACUUGUUAAUAUUUAAAAAAUGUUUAACUUUGAACAAACUCUUGCCAGUAAAUUACAUAAAUUUAAAUAUACGGUAAAUUACCGGCAACCCAGCUGCAAUAACAUUGUAAUUUCUACGGAUUUUUUUUUACAGUGAAGAUUUAAAAUGUAAAUUUCUAAAUACUAAUUUUACUUGACACAUGUGGUUCUGGAGGAGAAGUUGCUUAGACAGUGGGACUCAAAAUGAAAAAAUCUGUAUCAAGUCAGAUUUAUUUCAGUUAACAGAAAAUUAUAUUUGCAAUAAACUUAGAAUAAU